AUGGCUGGCAAAGAAGAUGUGGAGCAUGCCCGUCGCUACGAAGCUCCAUACAGCGAACGACACCCAAUUCCUACCAUAUCGAAAUAUAGAGAGGAAAGGGAGGCGAGACAGCAAGAUGCACUAAAGAGCGGUAUAGACGGCCCAGACAAACGUCCUUCUCAGACCGAAGAAAGAGAAGCUUGGAGUCCCGAUGACGAAGUAGAAGAUCUUGAGUCUGGCAACGACGAGGCAUCUAUCCAGGAUACAUCGCAAGUUGACCCUGCCGCAAUCAAUCCACGAAAAAAGAACAAGGAUUCCAAAAAAGAAAGGGCGGAACGCGAGGUCACGGAUCCAGUCACUCAUCUCCCUGUGAAGAUUCACGACUUCACUGAUAGCGCUCUCAAAGAACUGGACGUGAACGAGGACCCGUUUGAACAAGCAAAAAGAACCUCGAGUGGUAUAAGUGAGAAGAACAAGUCUGACGCCGAACUACGCAAGGAACAAGAUGGUUCACAAGAGAAACACCAUGCCUUGAUGAAUCAGUUCCCGCCACCGGACCUCGAUUUCUUACGCAAGGAAGUCGUUGCAGCAAGCAGCCGCGGGUUUGCGAUUUCUUUAGCCGGUGCAUGCGGCAUCUUGGUCACCACCUUUAUUAUUCGCGAAGUAAUUUUCACAAAUGCACAUCAAGAUGGAGGAUGGAAAGCUGUUGCUCAACGGUUAUUACCGUGGCUUGCUCUGGUUACUGUUAGCGCAGGGAUAUUUGGUGUCUUCAUCUUCGGUGUGAGGGAUUGGACGGCCAAAAAGGUCGACAGCGCAAUCCAAGACGAGAUCUGGCGCUCUCAGCGCCGGCAGAUGAACCGCGAAGUCAAGAAAUACGAAAGGGAGACUACUCUAUGGCUCAAUUCCUUGCUGAGCUCAGUAUGGCCGCUCAUCAACCCCGACCUCUUUACCAGCUUGGCAGACACGCUUGAAGAUGUUAUGCAAGCCUCCUUGCCCAAAAUGAUACGCAUGGUCAGCGUAGAAGACAUUGGCCAAGGCAGCGAAUCGCUGCGCAUCCUCGGCGUUCGGUGGCUGCCCACUGGAGCUGCUGCACAAGCCGUAACGGAAGAUGGGAAGAUUAUCUCACACAAGGAUAAGGACAGUCGCAGCAAUUCGGAGCUGGGUGAUUUUAUCAACCUGGAAGUUGCCUUUGCAUACAGGACUCGAUCAACCAGCAAGUCAUUCAAGGAGCGAAGCAAAAACAUGCACCUCUACCUGGCCUUUUAUAUGCCCGGAAACUUGAAGAUACCUGUCUGGGUUGAUUUGCAUGGAGCAGUUGGCACCAUGAGGCUGCGCCUGCAGCUGACGCCUGAUCCCCCAUUCUUCGAUCUCUGUACUCUGACACUUCUCGGCCAACCAAAAGUAGAUUUAAGCUGUGUACCCCUGAACAAGCAUGCCUUGAAUCUUAUGGAUGUACCCUUCAUUAGCAAUUUCGUGCAAUCGGCAGUUGACGCAGCCAUGGCGCAGUAUGUCGCUCCAAAGAGUCUCACGCUAGAUCUCAAAGACAUGCUCGCCGGUGAUGACUUCAAAAAGGACACAUACGCCAAAGGUGUUCUUAUGGUCAAUAUCAAGCGUGGUUACGAUUUCAAGAUAGGAGAUUCAGGCAUACCACUUAUCAAAGACUCUAGCUCAGAUCCAUAUGUGUCUGUUGGAUGGGCAAAAUUUGGCAAGGUUCUCUGGAGCACGCGCAUUUUACUGUCUGAAAUGGAACCAUACUGGGAUGAGACUUGUUUUGUGCUGGUCACCCCUGAAGAGCUAAACAUCAACGAAAGGCUCCGCAUUCAGCUUUGGGACUCUGAUCGGUUUACGGCGGAUGACGACCUCGGGAGAAUUGAGGUUGACCUCAAAGAGCUGAUGCAAAACGAAGAGUCGAAUGGGCGCAUGUGGCAACGCACAGAUGGAUUUAGAGCACUAAAGUCUGGCCACGACAUGCCGGGGAAACUUGAGUGGAGUGUUGGAUACUUCUCAAAAGCAAGACUUCAGAAAUGCCAAUUUGAGAAGCAGACCCACGACCCAGAAGUCAGAUCAAUGAAGCAGCUUGAAGAAAAAGUCAGCAACAGCUGCGAACGGAAACUUCGCGAAGCCAUGCUCAAACAUUCAUCGUCUGAUCGCGAUGAUAGCGAGCUAGAGCAGCAGAAGAUGCAGGAAAUGAAGUCAGAACAAGAUGCGAUGAUCAUAUCGGCGCCGCCGCCAGACGGAUAUCCAAGUGGCAUCCUCAGUCUGCAGAUUCACAAUAUCACCGGACUCGAAGUUCCCACACUAAAUAAAAGCUUGAAGGACAAAGAUGGGAAUGCCAGCGACGAAGAGACUGGCGAGGGUCUCCCCAGCGCCUACUGCACAGUAAUCGUUAAUCAUAAGAAAACCUACAAGACGCGAACCAAGCCGCAAAACACAAAGCCAUUCUUCAACGCUAUUUGUGAGCGCUUCAUUCGGGACUGGAGAUCCUGCGAAGUCUACGUCUCCGUGAGGGAUGCCAGGUUGCACGAGGACGAUCCAUUAUUGGGCAUCGUCCAUCUGCCUCUGAGCGAAGUGUUCAAGGAGCGUUCUCAGAGAAAUGGCUUCUGGCCCAUAUCUGGAGGCAUUGGCUAUGGGAAGAUCAGACUCUCCAUGGUAUGGCGCAGCGUCCAACUUCAAGCGCCGCGCAACCUCGUCGGAUGGCAGUACGGCACAGUGAAUGUGCAGCCCGUCGCAACAAGCUCAGAUUGUCCCGAGGACUUGAAAUACGCGAAGCUGAAGCUGAGAACGGACAUCAGCUCCGGCAAAAUGUAUUCUCGCGGAUCUGGAGAGGCGACGUGGGCGACGAGUAAAGAACGGCCUCUCAGUCUGGCUGUUCAGAAACGAUACAGCGGUUGCUUGUCCAUUGCCUUUAAAGACAAGAAAGUGCUGGGAGACAAAGUGUCUGCUUUCAGUGUGUGCUGGCUGAAAGAUAUUCCGGAUGGGGAGAAUUUGAUACUCGAUCUGCCCAUCUGGAAAGGCGACUUCAAGAGGGCGACAUCAUGCUGCCUGGACCAAUGCGGAGAAAGAAUUGGAACGCUCAGUAUCAAGGUCACAUUUUGGCCGGGGAUGGGCGCCGCGCAUUCCCAAUGGGCUAAUAGCAGCGAGCAUAUACGAGAUGUUGUUGAAGUAAUCGAUGCUGCAAGAGAUAAUCUCAGAGACGAUGAUAUGGAAAGAGCCGCAGGGAUUGUGGACGAAGAAAUUUCAAGCGACAGCGAUAGCUCUGAUGAGGAUGAGUACAUACCAGAUGGUAGUGCGGAGCAUAAGCAGGGCCCCAUAGACCAAGUCCGGGAUUAUAAAAAGAGAGAUAAAGCCCUACACAGACAGCAUCGGGGCCUUAUGCAAUGGAAGGUGCCCCGAACCGCGAAAUGGGUGAAGCACAAGGUGGACAAAGUGGAAGAUAGCGUCACUGGCAUGCUCGAUCACAGAAACAAGGAAGCUGGGAUUGAGACUGAGGUGUAA